AUGGUUGCCACUUCAGCUCCCUCAGGAUACGUCUACGUUGGAUGUUACGCUGACAAUCAAGCGAUACGCCUACUAGAUGGAGCGAUUUAUACCUCUUCUUCCAUGACAGUAUCAGUAUGCGCAGGCUACUGUAGCACAAUAAGCGGUGCUCGAUUCUACCCCCUUAUCGGCGUCGAAGACGCAGGGCAAUGCUUUUGCGGUUCGAGUUUUCCUCGAAGUCCUGGAAUCGCCAACGAAGCUGGUUGCAAUGAGGAAUGCUCUGGAGACUCGACGCAGACCUGUGGAGGACAAGGUUAUAUCAACGUCUACAAUGCGACUUCACUACCGUCUUGGAUAACUCUUCUACCUUCUUCUACGUCGACGUCAACGAAUACUGCGCAGGUCACCUUGUUGACUACCAUCACGCAGACUCCGACAUCCUCGCCUUCCAAUUCGACAUCACCGUCACCAGGGACAUCAGCUGCUGUUGUCGCUCCUGCUGUCAUUGCUGGCUUGCUGGCUCUUUCGCUUCUCGCAAUUGCUGGAUUAUGGUUUCUCCGAAGAAGGAAGUGGAAGUCAAUCUCUCAAACGAGCCCAUCGCAUGUUGAAGAUCAUAGUCUCGAGAAUCAGAACAAGUCGAGGCCGGAAUAUGUUGCGGAGAUGGAUCAGAACAGGGUUACCCCACAUCUGUCUGAGUUAGGCCCAGGGGUUCAUGAAUACCGGUAGGGCAGACGGAAUGAUAGAUGAAGGGAUAUUUUGAAUGCCUGUGGCGGGAGCAAUUGCGUAAUUGUUAUUUCUAUGAUUUUUUCGGAUCAGGCUCUGGAGUUAAAUUUGGAUGUGGGGAGUUGGCAUUUGAUGGUCGAGGUUCGACUCUAGUUUGGAAGAAAGAAU